AUGUGCAUUGGCAGAAACUACAUGGACCACAUCACCGAGCUGGGCAACAAGAAGCCAGCAAACCCUUUCUUCUUCUUGAAGCCACCGUCAUCUAUCCUCCUCAAGGGUGACGGUCCCGUGUUGCGUCCCAGAGGUGUCAAUGUCCAUUACGAAGUUGAGCUGGGUCUUGUCAUGGGUCGUAAGGUCAGAGACCUUGACCCCAACGAUACUCAAGGUGCUCUGGACUCCAUCGAAAGUUACCUUCUCACUAUUGACAUGACUGGCCGUAACGUCCAGGAGGAGGCCAAGAAGAAGGGUCUUCCAUGGAGCAUUGCAAAGGGGUUUGACACCUUCCUCCCAAUCGCUGGUCCCAUCGCAAAGUCCAAGAUCGCCGACCCUCAUAACAUUGAGCUGUUUUUGAGCGUCAACGGCGAGAUGAAGCAGAACGACAACACUAAUCUCAUGCUCUUCCAAAUUCCUAGACAGCUGGCCGAUAUCAGCAGAGUCAUGACACUUGAAAAAGGAGACAUCAUUUUGACUGGCACUCCCAAGGGUGUCGGCGCUGUAAAGACUGGCGACGUCAUUAGAGCCGGCAUGCGUGUGGACGGAAAGGAGAUUGAAGAGGCCAACAUUGAGGUCGAGGUCAAGGACCGUGAGGGUCCUUAUGAGUUUGCUGAGACAUGA